AUGGCUGCAAGUAUUACUCUCGUGUAUCAGCAUUCUGUGGUGGACGACAUUGCCUACCACCGUUACCAGCAGUCCAUGUCGAAGGACAAGCGUUCGUCGAAUCAGCCGGCGCCCUUCAAGGGUGAAUUCUCCUUUGUCAAUAAGGACGCUGGCAAUAUCGACUCGAAAGACCACAAUGCUGCCGUAUCGUGGCAUGUCAUGAACCGCUACGAGAGGUGGAAGAAGCAGGAGCAGGCGAAGCAGCUGCGCGCUUCGGCCAACGUGCCCGUGGGGCCUCUGUCGCCUCCUUCACAGCAGCCUCCCCGGAUCCCUACUCCGCGACAGCAGCCACAACCAUCUCGGCCACGAGGACAGUCGGUACGUCGAGUUUCCAUUGACAAUCCUAACAAGAGAGCUCGGUUGACCAGCGAGUCCCAGCCGCCAACAGUACCACCGGCGACUCCUUUUGGGUUUGAUCCAUGGAUGGUCGAGCAGCCGCUCCAGCUUGGCUACCCUGGCAUCGGCUCCGCUCAGGCGGCUGGGGGCAGCGGAGUACAGACAUCAGCUAUUUCGACCCCUUCCACACAAUCAAGUAUCAUGGAAGAUGACCCAACAGCCAUUCUCAACUCGAUCAAUCGGGCGCUGGAUCCCACCGCAAACUCGUUCGACUCAUCUGCUUUUUCCAUGACUCCGCUCGUCAACAGCCUUAUCAGUUUUGCUUACGAGGUCUUCAUUCCUCAGUCCUGGCCGAAGGAAUCCGAAAAGAGUCAGAAUUCCUACGAGAUUGCCAGGAGUUGGGAUGAUGCGGUUCUGAUCAAUCAGGACACCUGCUAUGCUAACGCCUAUCUGAGUCUUCUGACAGCCGCCAUGGGAGCACUGACCGAGGAUGACACCCUUACUUACCAUUCGCGAUACUUCCAAGGACAAGCCAUGACCGAAUUGAGGCAGCGAGUGGCACGACCCGGUCCCCAAGACCUGAUCACGCUCAAGGCCGUCUUGAAGCUCUUCUCAUCGGAAACUCUUGUGGACAAUACCUCUGUUGCGCGGAUGCAUCUCAAAAUGCUCCGCAACCUCGUCAACGCGGCCGGAGGCGUCAUUCUCAUGGACGCCUGGUUCCGCGAAGACCUUCUGUCAUGCGACUGCUAUUUCGCAUUGAAAUACGAUACACGCCCGCUGUUUCCGGCUUCCGAGUGGACUCCAGGGCCACUGAGUCAACCAUGGAAGGCACGGCUGCUGUCGGCAGGGAUCUUCGGAGACCAUGCGGCGAGCGUUGACCCGCUGAUCGAACAUGCCGUCAUGAAAGCAGUUGUGACUGACUUGCGAGAGCUCUUUAAAGCGCACGAGUAUACUCAAGCCCAUGACGUGCCCGGCGACGAUCAACUCCUUCGAUGGCAACAGCUACGCAAGUUCGAUUGCAUUUCACGAUUGGCGGAUCACGAUUGCAACUUGGCGAUAUACCCCCAUCUGUUUCUGCGACCACUGACGCAGGCUUACACUUGUGCCGCCACGGGGUUGAUGGCGGCGAUGGUGCUUGGGACACCGGAACCCGUGCGCUUCGGGCUCAAAUUGCUCGCGGACUUACGCCAAAAGCUGGUCGAAAGUGACUCUGAGGGCGCUGCUGCUGAACAUCGGCGACUUCGGCUGUGGGCACUGUAUGUGGGUUCACUCGCCGAAAAGGUCCACCCUGUCAGCGCAGCUGAACAAGACUGGUUCGCGAGCAAGUACCGAGUCCACGCGGAGAGCAUGGGUGUACCGGAGUGGGAGGACACGAAGAAGGUGGUCCGGCAAUUCCUGUUUUCAGAAAAGCUCCAUCAAGAGAUCGAGUCGGGGCGCGCGCAUCGGGUGAUGGAUGUCAGGCAAGGGCUCUACACAUCCUCCGGUUGCAGCUGGCGAGAGCCGUUGCUGGACACGAAUCUUCUCCUCGGCGAACCCGAGGAGGACAUUAGCGGGUCAGGCGCCGGCUCGGUAUCGGUCGCUGCAGGGAAACGGAGAGCGGACGAUUGA